CACUCAUCGCUCAAAUAAAAAUAUAUUUUUAGUUAGCAUUAAUACUUUAUACCAAUUUAAAUAAUCUCUUAAACCUUAAAGUACAUAGUAUUGUCAAGAUGGCGAAGACUUCCAAGCAAACUAAGAAGUUUCAAAACAAGCACUUGAAACACACUCUUGAGCAUCGUAAAGAAGUUCAGAAAAAUAGAAAGAAGUUUGACCUGAGAAAGAAGAAACCUUCCAAUGGUGAAUCAACUGGACCUGAACGUCCAAAUGGUAAAGCUAAGGAAGUAUUUGAAGAUAUGUCAGUAGAUGAAUUCUUUGAAGGUGGGUUUGAAGUUCCUAAAGAAAAGAAAUCCAAAAAGGCUCCAGUUGAAGAAGAUGACGAAGGUUCAUCAUCUGAAGAAGAAGAUGAUGAGGUAGCUAUGAAGAAGAAUUUAAAACAAUUGCAAGAUAAUGAUCCUGAAUUUUAUAAAUAUUUGAAAGAAAAUGAUACUGAUUUGUUGGACUUUGAAGGUGUCAAUCCUUUGGAUGCUGUCAGUGAUGAUGAAGAAGAAGAAGAUGAAGAAGAAAUUGUUGAUGAAGAAGAAGAUAAUGAUGAAGUUAAAUCAAAAGCAUCAACUGAAGCUAAGAAAACAGAAAUCACUUUAGAACUUGUACAAAGAUGGAAUGAACAAUUGGAUAAACCUACUAUGAAACUUUUAAGAAAUGUUACUAUUGCAUUCAAAGCUGCUGUAAAUAUUAAUAAUUCAGAAGAUGGUGAUUAUAAGUAUGCAGUAACUGAUCCAAAGGCAUUUGGAGAAUUAAUGCUUAUAGUUUUGAAAAAGCUUCCUAUUUCUAUUCAAAAAUUAGUUAAAUAUAAAGUUAAUCCACAAGGAGUUCGUACUAUUCCUCAAAAGAAUCCUAAUGUUACUCAAAUUGCCAAUAUUUUAAAAUCUCAUGCUUCAUCAUUUAUUACAUUAUUAAAGGAUAUAACUAAUACUGAAACUGCUGCAUUAGUAUUAAUUUCAAUUCAAGAAUUAUUUCCAUAUUAUUUAUCUCAUAGAAGAUUAUUAAAAGAAAUAAUAAAUUGUGUGGUUAAUGUAUGGUCAAUUACUAAUGAAGUUGAUACUCAAAUAGCUACAUUUGCAUUUUUAAAUAAUAUUUCAAGAGAAUUUCCAAAAUCAGUAUUAGAAACUGUCCUUAAAUCAUCUUAUACUGCAUUUUUACAAAAUUGUCGUAAAACAAAUAUUCAUACCAUGCCACAAAUUAAUUUUUGUAAAAAUUCUGCAACUGAAUUAUUUGGACUUGAUGAAACUUUAUCAUAUCAAGUUGGAUUUGAAUAUGUUAGACAAUUAGCAAUUCAUUUACGUAAUAGUAUAAAUGCCACAUCUAAUGCUAAAGAUGGAUUUAAAACUAUUUAUAAUUGGCAAUAUUGUCAUUCAUUAGAUUUUUGGUCAAGAGUUGUAGCAAAACAUUGUAAUCCAGAACAAGAAUUGAAACAUAAAUCAAAAGAAUCUCCAUUAAGAAAAUUAAUUUAUCCAUUAGUUCAAGUUACUCUUGGAGCAAUAAGAUUAAUACCAACUGCACAAUUCUUCCCAUUAAGAUUUUAUCUUAUAAGGUCAUUAAUAAGAAUUUCUCAAAAUACUGGAGUUUUCAUUCCAAUUUUCCCAUUAAUUUCAGAAAUUUUAACUUCAACAAUUAUAACGAAAUCUCCAAAGGGUUCAAAUUUAAAUCCGGUUGAUUUUGAUCAUAAUAUUAAAGUUAAUCAAGCUUAUUUAGGUACAAGAAUUUUCCAAGAAGGUGUUUGUGAACAAUUUAUAGAAUUAAGUGGAGAAUUCUUUGGAUUAUAUUCUAAAAGUAUUGCCUUCCCUGAAUUAGCAACUCCUGCUAUUUUAUCAUUACGUAGAUUUAUUAAAAAAUCUAAAAAUUCUAAAUUUAAUAAGCAAUUACAACAAUUAAUUGAAAAAUUAAAUGCUAAUGCAGUAUUUAUUACUUCUAAAAGAUCUAAUAUUGAAUAUGGUCCAUCUAAUAAAUCACAAGUUCAACUUUUCUUAAAUGAUUUCCCAUGGGAAAAGACUCCUUUAGGUCAAUAUAAUAUUGUUCAAAGACAAUCAAAGGAAGAAAAACUUAGAAUUAUUCGUGAAUCAUUAGCUGAAGAUGAAAAGCAAAAGGCUGCUGCUAAAAAGAGACAAGAUGAAGAAGAUGAAGAAGAUGAAGAUAUUGAUAUGGAAGAUUCAGCCGAUGAAUCUGAUUAAUUAAUUAAACAAUAUAAAUAGUUAAUAUAAUUACAUGUAUAAUACAUAAGCCAU